UGACUAUGUUCCAAUAUGGCCGCAGAUUUCCACUACUAAGUUAAGGAAAUUGCUGAUUCUGUUCAAUAUAUGGUUGAUUAAAGCUCCUAAUCUAAUCAGACAAGAGGCUUACCGUAGAAAAAUGUUAAGUUUCUCACAAUGAUUUAUUUUUUGGCCCUUUCGAAGAAUUUCCGUCUUUUACUGAAAGCGAAGGAGGAUUGCUGAGGAGGAUUGCUGAGGAGGAUAUCGAAGUUGAUCGCAAACUGGAUGAAAACUUAAUUCCUUUGCACAUAAUUGACUUGUUAAAGAUAUGAACCGCACUUUGCUUGUUGAAGAAGGAGAUGAUGAAGUUGCCAAUAGACAAGAUAAGAAAAAGAGAGAAAAAGAAAAGUUUGUAGAAUCUGCAGACAAAAAGAAAAAAAUGACCUUUAAGAAAGCUGAUGGAAGGAAAGAUGUACAUCAUAACAGUUCAAUAACAGGCUCAUCUAAGGUACAGCCAGCUGAAAUGGUUGAUAUGGCUGCAGUAAAUCCUGAUCCCGACAGUAUAACAUCACCGGUGGGAUCCCCAGCAGUCAUUAUUCCAGGAACAGGUGUUUAUCCAGGAAAUGUUGUAAUUCCACCACCACCCAGACCUAUGGCAGUCCAGCAAGUUCCCUCACAACAUCUCCAGCAGAGAGGAAACUGGCCACAGCAGCCACGACAGCAAAUUCCUGCCGUCUACAUGGUGCCUGCACAGCAAGCUCACUUUAUUGCAACACCCUUCCAGUCCCCAGGGCCCCCAACCCAGCAAAUACCAGGACAAUUUGUUGCACAGUCAUACCAGCAAGGUCAUUAUGCUGUGCCACAGUAUCACCAAACUAUCCCUGUUGGGCCACCUGUUCAAGGUGUAGUAUACAGUGGUCAAGUAGUUGCAGGAUCUCACCAUGGCAAUGUACUCACGAGAACUCAGUCCCUGCCUCCUUCUACAGGUGAACAGAUUCAGAAUUCAGGGCAGCCUGGUUGGGCAGUGAAAUCCCCAGCCAGUCCUCCACCCCCAAAUAAUGCAGAAUCAUCCUGGGUAAACCAUCCAGCUGAACCAAGGGGAGAAAGGAUGUGGAGACGAGGUGAAAAUCAUGCAAACAUUCCUAACAGUACACAAUGGGCAGCAUUUCCUCCAAAUGCUUCACUGGAACAAAUACCAGUAGUGAAUGAACUGGAUGAAGAACACAGCUCCAGUGAUGAAGAUGUUGAUCGCAGCAGUUCUCCUGAGCUUGCGGGUGAAGAGGGUGAAGUUCUCCUUAGAGCUCCAUCACUGGCAAGCUUUGCAGAAAGUGUCAGCAGCAUUGAAGAGGAAUCAGAAGAUAAUGUUUGGCAUAUUUUGCCUGAUCAAAGAGAAUACUACACAAAACAGUUUUUAAGACUGCAACCAGCUGUGGAUGGUGUUGUGAAAGGUCCAAGAGCAAGGGAUUUUUUCAUGAAAUCUGGCUUACCAGUUGAGGUGCUAUCCAAAAUAUGGCACUUGUCAGACCUCAACAAGGACAAUGCUUUGAAUCUAGAUGAGUUUUGCAUUGCAAUGCAUCUUGUUGUAGCUAUGCGACAUGGCCUGGAACUGCCACUGACCUUACCUACUGUCUUGUUACCAGAAAAGGAUGAAGACAUGUGUCCAGUUGAUGUGCCACCUCAAACAGAUGAAAGUGAAGAACCAGAAGGUGUUAAAGGAAAUGUUUCAUCACCAGAGCACUGGUUACGUUUCAGUGGUUCUUCUGAAAGCACUGCACAGCGCACUAAUUUUAACAACUUUCCUAUGAGAAAGAAAGCGUUGUCAGUUGUUCAAGCCACACCAUCACAAGGUGACCUCCAGGGAAAUGAGGACAAUGUUGCAAAGCCCAGGUCACUGUCAGAUCCAGCUUCUGUAGAAGAUGCCAUAACAGAUGGCCAAUCCAGCAGGAAUACCAACCUUGGUAAUCCUGUGAACCCUCUUCAUAUUAACAUGCCAAGUACGCCUUCUCAGCAAGGUGAAGUGCCACACAGUGGACCUAUGAGCCCCACCCAAGUUACGGCAGAGAUAGAGAUAGCGCGACCAAGAGCAGCAGUGAAACCCAGUCUUCUCGAUGCUCUUCCAGGGCAGCUGCUCCCGCCUCCAUCUGGAAAACAAGCUCGUGAUGGCUGGACACCCACUAAUAAAUUUAUUUAGCAGGCAUCACCGCGUCAAAA